UGAAGAUCCAUUCGUAGUAAGGCGUAGUUGUAUGUAGUAGUAAAAUAGGCGAGCUGAUUGUUUCGUGCGAGCAUUUCUCGACACCCAUCGGCCCUUUAGAUAUCGCCGCUGGCCCAACAACUCCUUCCCGUGAGUCACGAUAACCUUCACACUUUCAACUUUCUCCAACUCCUUGGCUGCUCUAAUCCUCUAGAUCCCUCUGGAGAGUCGCGGCGCUAUGCAUUACUUCAAGCUCCUAGCUGGUAUAUCGAGCUUGCUUCUUCCUUCGGUAACUGCUCUCGAUGUUGACUGGACAAGUGACUCCUCUAUCAAGUCGGCGGCUAGCACGAUCGCCUAUGGCCUUGUUGCAUACUAUACAGGAAACAAUACAGGAGAUGUUCCCGGAAACUUACCUGACCCCUACUACUGGUGGGAAGCAGGUGCCAUGUUCGGUACUCUGAUAGAUUACUGGGCGUUUACAGGCGACGAGACGUAUAACGAUAUCACCUUCCAAGCCCUGCAACACCAGGUUGGAUCGGACGAGGACUUUAUGCCUGACAACCAAACCAAGUCCGAAGGCAACGACGACCAAGGCUUCUGGGCAAUGGCCGCGAUGACCGCCGCGGAGCAAAACUUCACAAACCCCGACUCGGACCAACCGCAGUGGCUGGCCCUCGCGCAAGCCGUGUACAACGAGUACGUGAACCGGUGGGAGCCGGACUCGUGCGGCGGGGGGAUGCGGUGGCAGAUCUUCACCUUCAACAACGGCUUCAACUACAAGAACUCGGUGUCCAACGGGUGCUUCUUCAACAUCGCCUCGCGCCUCGCGCGCUACACGGGGAACCAGACGUACGCCGACUGGGCGGCCAAGAUCUUCGAGUGGGAGCAGGGCGUGGGCUUCAUCAAGGACAACUACAACGUGCUGGACGGCGCGGGCUGCGGCGGCACCGACAACUGCACGACCAUCAACGCGGCGCAGUUCACGUACAACGCGGGCCUGUUCCUGUACGGCGCCGCGCACAUGUACAACUACACGAGCGCGGACGUCUGGAAGACGCGGGUGGAGGGGCUCACGAAGUCCGUCGCCGACAUAUUCUUCGACGGCGGGAUCAUGUGGGAGCCGAGCUGCGAGAAGUCCGAGGCCAAGUGCAACACGGACCAGCAGGCGUUCAAGGGCCACCUGAGCCGGUGGAUGGCGUUGACGGCGACGCUGGCGCCCUUCACCUACGACACCAUCAUGCCGCUGCUCAAGACGAGCGGCGCCGCCGCCGCGAAGCAGUGCUCGGGCCCGGCCUCGAGCGAGUUCAAGGGCGCGGCCGGCACGGGGUGUGGCUUUAGCUGGCUGCAGCAGGCGACGUUCGACGGCAGCUACGGCGUGGGCGAGCAGCUGAACGCGCUGCAGGCCGUGAUGGCGCCGCUGGUCGAGCAGGCGCCCAUCCCGUACACGGCGGACACUGGUGGUUCGUCCGUGGGCAAUGUGAAUGCGGGGUCGGGUAGCGACGAUGAUAAGAUCGCGCAGCCGAGGGCGAUCACGGUGGCUGAUCGCGCCGGCGCGGGUAUCCUGACGACCAUGGUUCUGGGCGGGCUGUUGGGGGGCAUGUAUUUUGUAAUAGCUGAUGAUAAGUAGAGAUGAAAUGGCGGUCGUGUUUUGGGUACCUAGGCAGUGGAUUAUGACAUGAAUAGCUAGGGGUGGAGUUAGGCGUUUUGGAUCGGCCCAUUCGGUUACAGUACUGGAGGCGAUAUCCCUUGGGUUUAGCUACCAUUAUGCGGCGUUACGAAGUUUUUUUCAAUAGAGGAAUCAAGAAGAGGAAGAUUAUAGAUGUCUACGAUGAGAAUAAGUUAUAGGCCAGGUGCGAGGCUUACGGGACUCGUGUGGAGUUAGUAGGGAAAUUCAGGGGGGAUUGUCA